AUGGCACCAAGCGCGAGGGGUUGGCUGAGGGCAGUAUUUGCCGUGGACUCAGUGACCAGCGGUCCUGUCCCGGUUUUGCCUCCUGCCUUUCUCUGCCCGGCCGUCUGGACGGCACAGGCUCAACGGCCAAGACUUAGAGGGCCGAGCCGACAACAGUCCCAGUCGACGUGGCAGCAGGUGCGAUCACAGAGACGGUUCGUGUACUCAGCUGCGACAGCGGUACAUGAUGCUUCUGCGGAUGAUGUGCCAGCUGCCGGAUUGCGCAAGCUACCACUGCAGUGCCCCGGAUGCGGGGCGUAUUCACAGACGACACAGGCGGACCAGGCGGGCUUCUUUGAUCUCGGACGGCGAUCGACGAUGGAGUACAUGGGGCUGGCGGUGCGGGAGAAGCCCCGGGUACGGGAGGAGGACCGGGUGGUGGAAGAGGCGCUCCGGCGGAUCGACAGAAGCGCGCUGGAGGCACAGGGCGUCGAUCUGGGAGGGCUUCUGUGGGAAAGCAACUCGGGCCAGGAGCUCUCGCUGCGAGAGCACAGCGACGAGACCGACGGGCGGACAAAGGGAUGGCCAUCAAUCCUGUGCAGGCGCUGCCACGAUCUGGUGCACCACAGUGCCGGGACGGCGAUCUACCAGCCGGACAUGGAUGCGGUGCGCGAGACGAUUGCCGAGUCGCCGUACAAGUACAACCAUGUGUACCACGUGCUGGAUGCAGCCGACUUCCCGAUGUCGCUGCUGCCACGGAUUGACAUGCUGCUGGACACGAUGCCGUUGCGGUCACGCAACCGGCGGGCACGACGAGGCAAGUUCUUUGGCAACCGCAAGACGGAGCUGAGCUUUGUGAUCACGCGAGCAGACCUGUUUGCACCACACAAGCAGCAGGUGGACCGGAUGAUGACGUGGGUGCGUGAGACGCUACGCGACGCGCUGGGCCGGAUGGGACGCCACGUGCGGCUGGGCAACGUGCGGUGUGUCAGCGCGCGACGCAGCUGGUGGACGACGGAGCUGCGCGAGGAGGUCUGGCAGCGUGGCGGCGCGAGCUGGCUGGUAGGCAAGGCAAACGUGGGCAAGAGCAACCUUGUGCACCAGGUGUUUCCAAAGGGACGGAUGGGAGUAGAGAAGGCAGCUCCGAAGCGACUGCUGUCGCUGGAGCGGACCUCAUCGGGGUCAUACAGCCUGGAGGGUGUGGACGAAGAGGACGAGGAUCUCGGCGAGCCGGGACUGUUGCUGCCGCCACGACCAACCGAGACGAACUAUCCGCAGAUGCCGGUGGUGUCAGCAGUGGCCGGCACGACGGCAUCGCCGAUCCGGAUUCCAUUUGGCGGGGGACGCGGCGAGCUGAUCGAUCUGCCGGGGCUGGCACGGCGGGGAUUGGCCGAGGUGGUGGCGCCGCAGCAUCGUGACGACCUGGUGAUGAAGCUGCGCGUGCAGCCGGAGCAGGAGGUGCUCAAGGGCCCGUGGCAGUCGCUGCUGCUGGGUGGCUUGGUGCGCAUCACGCCGCGCACGCCCGACGUUGUCUUUCUGACCUACAACUUCUCGCCACUGCCGGCUCACCGCACGCUGACGGACAAGGCCGUGGCAAUUCAGCAGCAGACGAGCGAGCUGCAGGUGCCGAAUCUGGCGGCUGUGGGCGUGGGUGCAGACGUGCGGCUGGCCGGCUCGUUUGCGCUGUGCCACGACGUGACCCGUCUGCGGGCUGGGCCCAUCACGCGCAGGGACGCGGCCAACAUUGCGGUCGACCGGCUACCGUACCGCGUGGUGGCACUGGACCUGCUGAUCGAGGGCUGCGGCUGGGUCGAGGUGGUGGCGCAGGUGCGCACGAAAGAACUAUUUAGGAGGACGGAGAGGAGGACGGAGAGCAUGGAGCAGGCUGACCGGGAAGACAAGUUUGGCAUCCUGCAGACGCUGGACUUAUCGGAUACCCAGACUGGCCCCGUUGCCGAGGCAGACUACAACUGGCCCGUCAUCGACGUCUUCAGUCCUGGUGGCAAGUUUGUCGGCUCACGGCGGCCGUUGAAUGCGUGGAUGAUGUGUAAGCCGCCGUCGACGUGGCGCAACGGCAAGGCCGGACGGUCCCGUCGCAUCAUCAAGGGAGAAAGAAUACGGGUUAUUCCGUACAUCACCAAAACUGCAUAUUCAACGGUCUGCCACGACGAAGCCAAACUCGGUGCAAACGAUGAUGUCGGCUGCAGGCCCGCCCACCUCGACGCAGCAAUGAGCCACAACCGGUAUACGGCGCACGAGGCCAAGGAGCCGCAUCCGAUCUCGCUGAAAGUAUUGCGGCUGUCCCAUCCAUCGCUAGCAACACAGUAUCCGGUUGCGGCACCGCUUUCGACCGCACUUCCGCCGCCGACGGUGCCGGCCUCGAUUGCCUAUGGCGGUGGCGGGCCAGACAGCGCGGCCACCAACACGGACCCGUUUCUGCUGAGCCCGGUGCUCAACCUGCCGCCGUCGUUUGGGUCGGCGUAUGUGGGCGAGACGUUUGCGUGCACGCUAUGUGCGAACCACGACGCGGCGGACGUGGAGGACGGGGGGUGGUCGAAGGAGAAGGCGGCAUCGGCCGUAGCCUCGAUCCGCGACGUGCAGAUCGAGGCAGAGAUGAAGACGCCCUCGGCAGCGGAGCCGGUGAAGCUGGUGCUGGGCCCCGAGACUGACGACGGCGACGGGGCCGGCUUGGGCUUGCAUGCAGGGACGGACCUCGCGUCCGGACAGACGCUGCAGAAGGUGGUCCGGUUCGACCUCAAGGAAGAGGGCAACCACGUGCUGGCGGUGACGGUCAGCUACUACGAAGCGACGGAGACGAGCGGACGCACGCGCACGUUCCGCAAGCUGUACCAGUUCAUCUGCAAGGCGUCGCUCAUCGUGCGGACCAAGGCGGGACCGUACGCAGCCGGCCGAGCGGGCGACAUGCGGCGGCGCUGGGCGCUCGAGGCACAGCUGGAAAACUGCGGCGAGGACGUGAUCCAGCUGGAGCGGGUGGAGCUGGAGCUGGAGCGGUCGCUGACGUACGACAAAUACGACUGGGAGGACGGACAGAAGCCGGUGCUGCACCCCGGCGAGGUGGAACAGGUCUGCUUUCUGCUGGAGGAGACCGGACCCGGACUCGUGCCGGAGCAGCCCAACGGACGCCUGCUCUUCGGCGUGCUGGGCAUCGGAUGGCGCAGCGAGAUGGGCAACCGCGGAUUCCUGACGACGGGCACGCUGGGCACGCGAUCGGCGCGGUGA